UGAAUAGAAUAAUCUCCAACGGUUCAAGCUUUUUGAAGUGCUAGUUGUGUUUGUAUGCACCUGCACCGUUGCACCUUUAUACGUAACUGUAUUAGUCCGUCCCCAUUCAUCGGGAAGCUUCCGAAUGUAUAUAUUCAUACAUCCACCAUCUUUCACAUGCAAUACUUUCCCGAUACUUUUCUUACCUUACAGCAAGCUUACGUUCGUUGUCUUGCUUGAAAAUAGCGACUCACAGGAGUCAAUCAAGAGCCAUCUUGCAAAUGUGACAUAGAAUUGGUAUCUGGUCAUACAGCUACCCAAUGCUUUUUGCCCAAGCUAAUCUGUCCCAGUGAAUUCCAAAGCCCACAAAAUCAUGGGUGUAUCAUAAUAUGGGUUUCUUAAUUCGUCUUUCAGCAGAGCUGUUAGGGAUGUUGGGGCAGUCCCUCGCCGUAUAAUGGCCAGCUUCUGAUUAUUGAGAGGCUUAUUGACCCAUUAGGAACGUUGUUAACAAGGUGGAAAUGCGUGUAGCAAUAGCUGGAUUUAUGGGGCAUGAGAGAAACCAAAUUACCCGAAGUUAUACCCAGAUAGACAGAGCUGGAGCCAAACUUCUCGACAUCGAUUCAAUCAAAUAGAUGUCAUUUCAGGACGACAAACUAUGAUCACUUACACACUGAUUCGAUACUCUGUCACAAUGGUCUGCGAUAUCUUAAUGGCUUGGAAAAUAUGGGUUUCUUUCCGUGGCCGAGACAUGCAAGAUGUUACGAUAAGGGAGGAUAGCAUUACGAUCUCAAUCUUUAGCAAGAACUUAGACUCGAGUGAGUGAGAUACUAGGUGUUCUUCUGCAUUUAUCGGAAAUCAAUUUGUCACGGCCCAGGCAACAUUGGAAGAGUAAAUCAAAGAAGGCAUCAAGGGUUUCAGGAUUUUACUUCAAUGUUUGGAGCCCAAGUAUUCGAAUGUCUUAGUACAAAGCCUUAUGGACGUUGUCCUUGACGGGCUUGUAUAGUCAAGAUACCUCAAGACGUCUGUCGAGAUUUGAUACUCUUGAAAAUGUGUCUCUUGGUGGUGCUCCACCAUAUUAAUUACGCCACUUGAUCCCUCGAGACUGCAAGAUGCACAGAGUUAGCACAUUCCGAUCCAAAUUUCCUUGGUGCGUAUCCAAGCAGCAUGUGUCCAUAAUUCUGCUAGAAUAGAGGAACACGUCCAGAAGUAAUUAAUUACAAGAAGGAUAAUGAGGAAAGGAAGAAGCAGUUCAAAUGUUGCCUCUACAAAUGCUACCCUUACUUCUAGAAAAGAACGGCUUAUUUGUCUACGAGGGUACAUGGUAAAAAUAGACAUUGAAAAUCAGCGACA